AUGGCGACAAAUACACUACCCCCAAACAUACACCCACAAAAGAGGAAAAACGAAGACCACCUUCGUCCGAGCACGCGAAGGCCUGUUCAAAAGAGAGCCUCCGCCGCGUGUCGCAGCUGUCGUGCUCGGAAAGUUCGCUGUGAUGUUCUACUGAAGAGCACGCCCUGCACUAACUGCCGCCUGGAUGGCGCCGAAUGUAUCAUUGCAGAGAGCAAACGGACAAGAUUUGCUCGUACAGCGGAUGGCACAACGAUACUCAUUGGAAACCCGCGAACAUAUACUGACAACAACGAUGGGAACGCGGGAAUUGUCGCACCGAACAAUGAUCUCAUUGAAUCUUCAGGCAAUCCAAGCGUUGAACAAAACAAUGACUACGAUAGUAGCAGCGACUGCGAAUCGCGGCAGCAGAAAUCGCCGGCCGAUCCAAUCAUCGCGCAUGACAUGAUCUUGACAAACAUGUUCUCCAUCAUGAAUCAGCUUUUCGGGCCCGCGCCGGAGUCCAUGCGUAGAGAGCCUGAUAUAGACCUUCCCCGAUUCAUCAAGCAAUCCCGCGUGGACCUCGAGAUUAACGAUUUAAAUUACCUGCAGAAGAAGGGGGCGUUCGAAAUACCCCAUUUUGCGUUUCGGAAUGCACUUCUGAAAAGCUUUGUAAACUAUGUUCAUGUUUACAUGCCCUUCCUUGACCUUAAGGAUUUCCUACAGACCAUCUACGAGAACACUGGAAGAAAGCGUAUAAGUUUGUUGCUUUUCCAGGCUGUAAUGUUUGCCGGGACGGCGUUCGUUAAUAUGAAGCAUCUACGCAUGGCAGGAUAUGAAUCUAGAAGAGCAGCGCGGAAGGCCUUCUUUCAGAGAGUGAGGGCGCUCUAUGACCAAGAUUAUGAAGAGGAGCCGAUUGUUAUUAUUCAGACAUUAAUGCUCAUGAGUUAUUGGAUGGAAACUGCGUUUGAUCAGAAAGACUGCUUUCACUGGAUCGGCAUCAGUCUAGCCUUAGCUAGACUUAAUGGCAUGCAUUUUGAUGCCACAAGCGCUUCGAUGGAUCUUGAUCAAAGACGAAUUUGGAGACGUACCUGGUGGAUUUUAUACAGCAGAGACAAAAUGAUCGCGCUUGGUCUGAGGCGCCCUAUAAGGCUUAGAGACGGUGAACAUGACCUCGACAUGAUCAACCUGGACGAUUUUGACCUCCAGCCAUUUCCAACCCACCUGUGGCAAAUGAUCGGGGCGAGCGAAGUCCUUAACAACCCAGAAUACCAGCGAGUUUUGGCACUACUGUUCAUUGAGAAGAUAAAAUUGUGCAACCAUUUACAUCGUGCACUCAUUUUGCAGUACCCCACUCCGGCCGAGGGCAUCGAGAUGAUGAGAGCUGCUAGGAUGGCCCUUAUUCCGAAACAAGUGGUACCGGAUGUCACGCAGAUCAGACAUCUUGAUGAAGGCCUAGACACAUGGUUCGCCAACUCCCCCCAGGAAACUCGAUACUCCCCACAGUUCGGCUGCCAAUUGUCCGAAGGCGAGGAAGUCCUGCAUGUUCACCGCGCGAUGCUAAGAUUAAUUUAUCUCGCUACGCGAAGCACACUCCAUCUUCCAAAGAUCAUACGCGCCCUCCCAAACAAACUCCAGCCGAUCGAAUUACACCGACAAUCACUCGAAAAGGUCCGGCACGCCGCUGCCGGAAUAACAUCCAUCACACAGGACCUGCAGCACCUAAACCUAAUCCGCUACCUCCCCUCAAACGGCACCACCCCUCUCCUCUCCGCCAUCGCAAUGUUCGUCAUCGACACCCUCGUCUCACCAGGCUCCUCUAUCAAACUCAGCAGCAUAAACGGCUUACACCAAUGCCUGCGGACAAUCGUCCGCCUGCGGGAAAUCUAUCCGAUCGCCGACGACUUUGCCAGCGCCGUGGAAAUGCUCAUUCGCAACAUCAGCGUACAUCAGCACCUGGAAUACCUACACAACCCGUUGUCCAUUCAGGACAGGACUGCGGAUUGCUUCGACCUUACCAGCGCUAUGACGGAAUGCUACGGCCCCGCGUCAGAGCCCAAGACAUCUCCCCCUAGCCUGAAGAUUUUAGAUUCUAUCAUCUGUCACCCGCGCAUGCGGGAGGGGAGCAGUGCCUCUUCGUCGGAUACUGGGACCAGUGCUGAGAUUGUUAGGGAUAUAGUAUAUCAGGAUAGGGAGCACUACGGAUUUGCAAAUAUCCAUGCAAAUGCCAACGCAUAUGCGAAUGCGAAUGUGAAUGCAACAGGAAACCCAAAUGAAACGGGAUUUCUUCUUGGGCCCGAGAACCGCAUUGGCGGUGGCUAUAACGCGUCUACCUCGUCGUCCAGCUACAGCAGCCCGGGCAGCUAUGGCCAUUGCGACUCCAGCACGAACACCCUAAGCAGUUACGCCGUGAACUAUCAUAUGGCACAGGUACCCUUCCAAAGCGCAAACCAAGCUGAUCCCGCAGCGGCACCACGGACGGGAGCUGGGAUCGAAUCCGAACCGCAACCGCUACUGCAACCGCUACCACCACUGACCGAACCGGGGAGGCCAUAUCCAAUGCCCGGCCAGGGAAUGGAUGACCAAUCCAUCCAAAACGUGCUAUCUAUGUUCUCGGGGCAUUACCCGAUGUAUGAUAUGGGCUACACGCAGUGCGGGGACAGGCCCGUCCAUGAUGUUUUGCCUAGAAACCAACGAUGA